CAUACACCAUUCACUGUUCUUAUACGAUUUUUGUUUUUAGUCAUGAAUUCAAAAAAAUUACCUAAUUGUUGUUAAAAAGGUUAUUUUAAAGCUUGUAAAACACUAGCGUUUAUUCAUUAAACAUGGUGAUUUUAAACUAUGAACAAUAUAGUGAGAUCCAGCAGUUCAUUCACAAAUUUAGAGGUCUGUCUAUGGAGUGCAAUCGUGAGCUUCUUAAAAAGUUUCCUCAGCAUUCGCCCGAAAUGCUCGGCAGUAUACUAUCUCGAGAAGUCCAACAGCGAUUGAAGCAAAGUCACGGAAAAAUCAGCGCUCGUGCAGACGAUCUACUAGCGGACUUUAAUAAGAAAGUCAAAUCCACCGGUGAGUUGGACAUCUUACUACGGAUGUCUGUUUCAUUGCGAAUACCGCCCCUGACGCUGUGCCGCAUUAUCCUGCUCAAAAAGUACUCCGACAAAACUCGAUCUAACAUCAGUGGCAUGAUUAAAAAUCCAGACCUAAUACCGGACUCCAUACUGGGGGCAAACGUUAGCUACUGCUUGUACAACGAGAACAUGGAAGGUCCCAUCACGGAUACCAUCCGGCGCUGCAUCGGAGAAGAAUAUGAGGUCAAACUGAAGCAACUGGCCAGGGACAUGGGAAUGGUGUUCUACGACGAGGGGGACCUACGAAGGACGGGCUACGAUAAAACGCCAGACCUAAAGUUGGCAAUUCCUUGUAUGUAUAAAGGCAGGGUAGUCAACUGGAUCGAGAGUAAAGCUUCCUUUGGGGACAUGGAUUCACACCUGAAGUAUGUUCGAGAUCAGUUAAUAAGUUAUGGCAAUAGAUUUGGCAGUGGAAUUGUAAUUUACUGGUUUGGAUACCUAGACAUGAUUGCUGACUGUGCUGAAAAUGGUGAUUAUGUCACUGUUAUCGAUGGAUUUCCAGGACCAGAAGAAUUUGAGUUCCUUAAAUUCAAUAUUCCGGAAUCAUGUAAUGAAACUCUGGAUGAAGUCAGGUAACAUCAGAGUAAAUAGAAGGGCGUUGUGAUGUAUAAAUUUGUUUGCGAUGAACAAUAUUUUUAUAAAAAUGAA